AUGACUCACCAUACCCUCACCGAUCUGCAGCGAUCCGAUCCCCAUGAUGCGCCAUCCCACUCCCUGUUUCAAUGGGCUCGAAAUGUCUUCUCUGGUAGACCAAGUAGUGCACAGAUCGAGCUGCAUGAGCGUCGCCAGGCAGUGGUCAACGUCCCAUAUGCUAAGGGCAAACGUAGGAACGCGUGUGCCAGAGAGAAACGGAGACCGGCUUUAAAAAUCCCCACUGCGAGCAGUUCACGCCUUCCCAAUGGCAAUGUCACAAAACAGUCCAGCGGCGCAGCUCAGGCCCAGUCAUCUUCGCAACUACAGGCGGCUGCUUCCACCUCCACUGCACCUCCCGUCGUUGCUAAUACAGCUUCCAGCACUAAUCCUCAUGUACUGAUCAGACACGCUGGACGCUGGACUCGGUUGUGGCUCUUUAUCUGUUGUACCUCUUCUGAGUAUACCGACGGUCAACAUUAGUUUACCCUGCUUAUUUUCCCGUCCCGAAGAUCUCCGUUUUCGCUCUCAGAUCUGAACUAUGCAGAGAAAUCUUUGUAUGAGUCCUUUGCGAGGCAAUCAUACGUCCAAAGUGCAUCUUGAAA